AUGUGCUCUUUCGCAAGCACCCGAAGCUCUGUGUAUUUGAAAUGGCUGAAGGGAGGUCUACUUAGACACCAGACAUCACACAAGCAGCUUAUGCGCUCAUUAGGGCAUUCUGAUACCUUCGCUGGAAUUGGUCAUAUUGAUGUAUCAUACUGUAUACAACCGCUGAGCCUUCAAGCAACGAGCAGGCUAAGAAAAUGGAUGAUCAAGAAUUGA